AUGAUAGCUAGUAUUCAGCCACAAGUUGGUGAGAGAUAUUUGGAAUUGUCAGAGCUCCAAAGAAAACGAUAUCUACAAAGGAAAACUCAUCCUCGGAUUUCAGUAAGCCUACCUCCUGUCAAAUUUCAGCAUUGUCUCAGCAAUCAGACGCACACGUUUGCACAUGGCAGUGACCAAUGGCAGAUGGUCCGUGGAAGCCUGCCCAGAAAUGAGGCCAGGAUUUCAUCUAUCGAAUUGGUCUUGAUUCUUCCUCUAGCAGAUCGAUCCUACUUUGUCGCAUAUGACGGUAAGGGUAAAGGAUAUUUUCUAGAACAAGCUUUGGCAACCAUGAGAAUGGGCCUUGAAGGCCGUCAGAUGAAAAGUGAGGAAUGGACGAAAGGUACUAGCUGCGUACACAUUGAACAAAAACUCAUUGCCGCAUCAAACGGAAUCAAGACUUUACUAAUUAAUCUGGAAAAAGGAGUGACGGGUGCUGCUGAUGCUAAUCACAGGAAACAGACACCAAACUGCAGUCCAUUUGUCCUGUUUCUGACAGCAGCAUCUGGCUCCUUGGCAGGCUCUGUCAACCUCUCCGCUGACGUCCUAGGAGCUGCCUCGGCUCUUCACACCAAAAAAAAAAAAAAAAAAAAAAAAUUCACAGGAAAAGGUACAAAGACAUCCCAAGAGAAAAACGGAUUUUAUAAAAAUAAUGAUUCUGGUUCAUCAAAGACAUUCCCAAGAAAAGUUGUUAAGGAAGGUGGGCCUAAAAUCACAUCAAAGAAGUUUCAGAAAAGUGCCACAAAACCAGGGAAAAAAGGUGUGAGGCAGGUCAAGAAUAAGGAGCAAGGAGAUAAAGUACCAGAGAACAAAUUCCAGCAGGCAAAUAAAUUCAACAAGGAGAGAAAAUUCCAACCAGAUGGAAAAAGUGAUGAAUCAACAGCCAAGAAACCCAAAUGGGAUGAUUUCAAAAAGAAGAAGAAAGAACUGAAGCAAAGCAGACAACUCAGUGAUAGAACCAACUAUGACAUUGUUGUUCGGGCAAAGGAGAUUUGGGAGAUCAUACGAAGAAAAGAUUGUGACAAAGAAAAAAGAAUGAAGUUGCUAAGUGAUUUGCAGAAGUUGAUUCAAGGAAAAAUUAAAACUAUUGCAUUUGCACAUGAUUCAACCCGUGUGAUCCAGUGUUAUAUUCAGUAUGGCAAUGAAGAACAGAAAAAGCAGGCUUUUGAAGAACUACGAGAUGAUUUGGUUGAACUAAGUAAAGCUACAUAUUCCAGAAAUGUUGUUAACAAAUUUCUCAUGUAUGGGAGUAAACCAAAGAUUGCAGAGAUAAUACGAAGUUUUAAAGGCCAUGUGAGGAAGAUGCUCUGACAUGCGGAAGAAUCAGCCAUCGUGGAGUACGCGUACAAUGACAAAGCUGUUUUGGAGCAGAGGAACAUGUUGACAGAGGAGCUCUAUGGGAACACGUUUCAGCUUUACAAAUCAGCAGAUCACCCAACUCUGGACAAAGUAUUAGAAGUUCAGCCAGAAAAACUAGAGCUUAUCAUGGAUGAAAUGAAACAGAUUCUAACUCCAAUGGCUCAAAAGGAAGCUGUGAUUAAGCACUCAUUGGUACAUAAAGUAUUCUUGGACUUUUUUAGCUAUGCACCACCAAAGCAAAGAUCAGAAAUGAUCGAAGCCAUCCGUGAAGCGGUGAUAUACCUAGCGCACACAUAUGAUGGAGCCAGAGUGGCCACGCACUGCCUGUGGCACGGCACGCCCAAGGACAGGAAAGUGAUUGUGAAAACAAUGAAGACUUAUGUCGAAAAGGUGGCUAAUGGCCAGUACUCCCAUUUGGUUUUAUUGGCAGCAUUUGAUUGUAUUGAUGAUACUAAACUUGUGAAGCAAAUAAUCAUAUCAGAUAUUAUUAGUUCCUUGCCUAACAUAAUAAAUGACAAGUACAGAAAGAAGGUCCUGUUGUACCUACUAAGCCCCAGAGAUCCUGCACAUACAGUAUGAGAAAUCAUUGAAGUUCUGCAGAAGGGAGAUGGAAACGCGCACAGUAAGAAAGAUCCAGAGAUCCAAAGCCAAGAGCUCCUAGAAUCCAUCUCUCCAGCUUUGUUAAGUUACCUGCAAGAUCAUGCCCAGGAGGUGGUGCUAGAUAAGUCUGCAUGUGUGUUGGUGUCUGACCUUCUGGGAGCUGCCAUUGGAGACGUUCAGCCUGCCAUGAAUGCCAUUGCCAGCUUGGCGGCAUCAGAACUGCAUCCUGGUGGCAAAAAUGGAGAGCUUCACAUUGCAGAACAUCCUGCGGGACAUCUUGUUCUGAAGUGGUUAAUAGAGCAAGAUAAAAAGAUGAAAGAAAAUGGAAGAGAAGGUUGUUUUGCAGAAAUACUUGUAGAACAUGUUGGUAUGAAGAACCUAAAGUCCUGGGCUAGUGUGAACCGAGGUGCCAUUAUUCUUUCUAGCCUUCUUCAGAGUUCUAAUCAAGAAGUUGCAGACAAAGUCAAAGCUGGACUGAAAAGCCUGAUUCCAACAUUGGAAAAGAACAAGAACACCAGCAGAGGAAUAGAAAUGUUACUUGAAAAACUGUCAGUAUAG